ACCCCAGUCUAAGAAUUGGGGGCUAUGCAGCUGCACCGGUGCCCGCAGACAUCAUGCUCUGUCCAUGACCAAAAUUAAAUCUAGUUUAAAAGGCGGCGCAGUUAGGGCACCCACACUUGACGCUUACCUUUGAAAAACUGCAGCAUAAGGUGCUCCCCCUCCCAAAGAUUUAGGACCGUCCAGAAAUGCAAACUUCUUCUUCUUCUUUUUUGUUUUAAAUUACGUUUAUUUUGUAAGAGUGGUGGCUGUCACAGCGUGCGUGAGGAGGUCAUAGGACGACCUGCAGGACCCAGUUCUACCCUGACUCUCCUGUACUUGCAGCAUUUGACUGAGGAAGGACAACAGGGUCGAGGUUUGAGGACUGACAGAUUCUAGACCCAGGCUUCCUCAGCCCCCAGAAAGCCACCAGACCCCACAUGGAACCAAAGGCCCCAUGCCCAGCUGCCAUACCCUCAGAGGAGAGGAAGUUCCAUGUUCUUGUGGGCGUCACUGGAAGCGUGGCUGCUCUGAAGUUGCCUCUCCUGGUCUCAAAGCUUUUGGACAUUCCCGGGCUGGAAGUCACAGUGGUAACAACAGAGAGAGCCAAACAUUUCUACAGCCCUCAGGAUGUCCCUGUCACCCUCUACAGUGACGCUGAUGAAUGGGAGAUGUGGAAGCGCCGUUCUGACCCAGUUCUCCACAUUGACCUGCGGAGGUGGGCUGACCUCAUGUUAGUGGCUCCCCUCGAUGCCAACACUCUGGGGAAGGUGGCCAGUGGCAUCUGUGACAAUUUGCUUACCUGUGUCAUCCGGGCCUGGGACCUCAACAAGCCCCUACUCUUCUGCCCAGCCAUGAACACUGCCAUGUGGGAGCAUCCUCUCACCGCACAGCAGGUAGGCCAGCUCAAGGCCUUUGGUUACGUGGAGAUUCCCUGUGUGAGCAAGAAGCUGGUGUGUGGAGAUCAAGGUCUAGGAGCCAUGGCUGAAGUGGAGACCAUUGUGGCUAAGGUGCAGGCCGUGCUCUCCCAUCGUGGUGGCAUCCAGCAGAGUUGACCUGGGAUUUCUGUCGUGAUGCCCCUGCACCCAGUGAGUUCAGCCUGAGCUGUUGAAGGAUAGCAGCACACUGUGAAGAGCUUGUGCUUGUUGACGAGGGGCUAACCUGAACCUUCUUGGGGUUUCCCUUCAGUCUAACCCUCUUCAAGCUACACAGAACCACAGACCCAGAUCCUACAUUCUUUCUGCUUCCUGGCGGCCCUCCCAUUUCUUUCUGGGAUAGCCCAAAUAGACUAGGCAAGCACACUGCUUCUGGAAGGGUAAUCGAAUGACUGAGGGACCUCCUGCCUGGGAAUUGCUUUUAGACACACCACGGAUGAAGCUGGGCAGAAGGCUCACAUCUGUAAUCCUAGCACUCAGAAGGCUGAGGCAGGAUUGCUACAACUUUGAAGUUGGCUUGGGCUACAUAGUGAGCCAGGCCUGUGAGUGUGAUAGACUAUUUCAAAACAAAAGCAACGAGAAGAAACACCAUAACUCAAGAUCCCUGACACAGCAGGCUCCUGGUCAGGCUCUGGAAGCUCCCAUUCUUUGGUACCCAGGUGCCACACACAGUCAAGAAGCCUGUGAAGUGGCCAGACUUCAGAUUUUCCAGUCUGUACUGAGAGUCGGGGCACGAACAGUUCUGGGAAAUAAAGAAAAGUGACCUUUUAGGAGACUGUCCUUCUUUACAUCCUGUCUGUGGCCUCAUAGGUCAGGGGCAUGGCCAUGUGAGGCCAGAGAAUGUUCCAGGCUGACAGCUGACUAGCACGGCCACAUUCCUGUGUAGUCUCAAAGCAGACAGCUCAGAUUCAGAUCUUAACCCCACCCCUACCCUCUCCAGACCCUGACUCACCCUCGCUUUUCCAUCUGCAGGGUCAUGCAUCCAUAACAGAGCUGCCGAGAGGAUUAAGUGAGGCAUAUGUGAAAAGUGCAUUUGUCUCUUACACCCACAGGGGAUACACACAUGGUUCCAGCAGAUGCCUGAAGUCAGAACUCCAUACAUUAUGACGUCUUCCUUUACAUAAACUGUGACAAAUUAUAUUUUAUAAAUUAGGUCCAGUAAGAGAUGAGCAACAAUAACAAAAUAGAACAGUUUUUCACUUUGUUCUGUAAUAAACUAUUCUCCAUGCUGAAAGAAAAAUAGAACAAUUAAAAAUAUAAUAGGGUCUGGCAGGAUGGUUCAGUGUGUAAAGGUGUUUGCCACCUUGUGUCACCAAGCUUCACAGUGUGAGUUUAAUCCUUGGCAUUCACAUGGUGGGAGGAGAGAACCAGCUCCUGAAAGCUGACCUCUGACCGCCACCUCCACUCUCACACUGUGACAGGUACUAUUUGUACAUGUACACACGUACAAAGUAGAUAUAGUAAAUAUUUAAAAUACGAUCUUAAAACUUGUGUGAACACGGUCUCUUAGCAACCUCAACAUACAAUUUUAAAAUUGUAUUAAGUCAAGAACUUAGAUUUUCUGUUGUUUUGUUUUGUUUUCUUGAGACGAGGUUUCUCUUUGUAUCCCUGGCUGUCCUGAACUUCCACUCUAUACCAGAGUAGCUUGGAGCUCAGAGAUCUACCUAUCUCUGCUUCCCGAGUGCUGGGAUUAAUAGUGUGUACCAUCCAUCACCCUUGGCCCAGAACAUAAAAGAAGGUUGAUGCUUCUCUGGCUUCCCUGAGUUGUCUGCGUCACGAGUCUCGGGCUGUCCCUGAGGUAAGGUGGCUUGAGAACAAGCGCUGUGCUCCUGCAGUACUUGAUUUGUAACACUGCUGCAGUAGCUGACUCUCAGUCAUAUUCAGCACUGACAUGCUAGACUAAGUGAUGAUUCCUGUCUGGGUUGAGAUGGAACAGGAAGUGUGGUAUUUCGUACUCCUCAGCACAACGUGUGACUUAAACUAUGGAUCGUUUUAAUGAACUUUGGUGUUUCAGACUACGAUUGACCAGGUAACAGAGAGCAACAUUGCAGUUAAGUAGAACUUUUCUAACUGCUGUGGAAUACCCGGAAUAAUAAAUGUC